AUGUUGGUCAUAAUUUUGCUAAUUUUUGUUGCCUCCACCUCUUCCAAACAACUUCCUCCAGGAAUCAAGAAAUGUAGAAAAUCCGACCCAAACCUAAACCAUUGUUUAGAUUUGAAUGUCAUGGAUGGUGUCCAACAGUUUCGGGGAGGAAAUCGGGAACUAGGAAUAGUACCCUUGGAACCUUUGGUCAUCCCACUACUCGAAUUUGGGGAUGAUAGCGCUGGAUCGAUCACUCUGAAACAGCACUACUCCGACUUAAAGAUUUAUGGAGGAUCGAACUUGACAAUAUUCGAUACAAAAAUAAACCUUGACGAUGAGAACUGCACUUGGUACAUGAAAACAACAACCAAGAAACUUAUUGCGAAAGCCAAUUAUAGAAUGACCGGUCGAAUGUUACUUUUUACCAUAAAUGGGCACGGGAAAUGUGAAAUCAUUAUGGAUAACGUUUUAAUUACUUAUGACCUCAAGUGUGAAAAGUACUUAAAACGGAACAAAAAGCACAUUCGUAUAACUUCUGCUAUACUGGAACUAGUGCCUGAAAAGCUGGUUGCUGACUUCGGGAAUCUUAUUGAUGGAAAUGAGCAGUUGAGCAGGGAAAUUUUGAAGGCGGCGAACGACAAUGCAAUGGACCUUUUUACAGAAGUGGGGCCUGCUUUAGCACAAGCUAUGGCCAAAGUUGAAACGGACAUCGCAAAUCAGGUUUUUUCCAGAGUUCCAGAGGACGAAAUAUUUUUACCAUAA